AGGUGGUACAGGCUUUCAAAGAGGAAGCACACAGCCUAUGAAAAGCCAGGAGUCUGCGAGUGGGGUUGAUCAUCCAAGCUUACUGAAUUAGUGUUUUCCAACAGUAGGAGGACAUUUUUCUGUCAGCACAAACAUCAAAAACAAAUGUCUCGGCUAUUUCAGCAGAGGAACUUCCAUUCAACAAAGCAAUGAGAAGAGCAAAGCAUGUUACGGAAUCUGUGCUGUGUGAUUAUACUCAUCAUCCAGAGGGAUACAGAAAGUACACGGGUCAUUGGUGAAUGCAGGACUGUGGUACUGGGGGAGGAUGUGGACUUAUCCUGCAGACUGAUAGAGACAACCGAGGACCUCGAACAGAUAACAUGGCAGAAAAGUACUGCGGAAGAAACACAGAACCAUAAUUUUAUGCUGAUUUAUCCCAAUGGGGUUACUAAGUUUAUUGCACCGAAUGGAUUGAGUGGUAGAGUCCAGUUUAUUGGGAACCCAUCAGAAAACCUUGGAUCUAUUCGAAUAACAGCUGUCAGACUGUUGGAUGAAGGCACCUUCACAUGUAUCUUCAGUGUUUUCCCCAGUGGAGCAUACAAUACAGAGAUACCUCUGACUGUGCUUGUUCCUCCAGUAGUGAGUGUGACAGUUGAUGUUCCUCCUGUCACUGGGGAGAAUGAGGUUAUCUUGGCAACCUGUGUGGCUGCUGGUGCCAAGCCACAGGCAGAUGUGACGUGGAAGACAGGGACAUUUGGCAGUUUGUUUAAGACAGUGACUAACUCCAGACAGCACACCAAUGGAACCACCACAGUACUCAGCCACCUGCUCGGGGUGCCAACCAGAGCAGCCAAUCAGCAGCAGGUCCAGUGUGUGGUCAACCAGUCUGCCCUGGCAACAGAAAGGAGCUACAACUACAACUUAGACAUCCACUAUCCACCUCAGACAGUGAACAUCACACUUAGUGAGGCCUCUAAAACCACAGUCUUACUAUGUGUAGCAGACGGCAACCCACAACCCAGCUACACCUGGAGCAGAGUGGUCCAGCCAUGGCCUGGGUCUUCAGUGAAAGCUGAGGGAGACAUACUGCACUUCCUCAGUCUCAACUCUGAGCUGAAUGGUCGCUAUGUCUGUGAGGCCUCCAACCCUUACGGACGAGCAACUGGCUCCCUCGAUGUACACAUAUCCUCUGAGACAUCUGCUGUCUGUUGGGUUCUACUCAUUGUCGUUCUCUGUCUGAUUGUUGCUGCGGCUGCACUCAUAUGGUACCGGUGCAAAUACGGACGGUUUCCUUGGAGUCCAAUCAUAGCCAAUCACCAGUUCCAGGCACGACAACAGGUUGAGGAAGAUGAACCUGGGACGUCUGAGUUCUAACACUCCAAACCAGGAGGGCGGAGAAGGGAGAAGUAAUGUGAUUGACCAGGAACUGCAGUGAACAGUAGCUGUUUGACCACUCAAAAAAGGAGAAGAAGAAAGAAGAAGAAGGAACUCAGUGAAAACCACAGUUUUGUUGCAAUCACCAAACUUGCAUUAGAGAUAAAGAAUGAUAUUUAGAAUGUCUGUUAGACGGUUAGCAGUUGUUUCCUUCCUGAGAAUAAAUGUUUAACUACUCUUUA